AUGAAUCAGCGCGCGCUUAUCCUAGGUGCCGUGGCCGUGGUUCUUUCCAUCGCCAUGGUGCUGGCGGGCCUCAGCUUGCGCCUGGUGCCCGCACCCCGUGCUGCACUGAUGGGGGCCGCGACGGCGUGGAACGGGGCCCUUCCCUCUCCUCCCCCCACCCGGCUGCCCCCUCCCCCCGGCACCCGGCGGAAGGUGUUGGGCUUCACGCGCGCGCUGCACAUGGCGGCGCUGCUGAACCGCACGCUCGUCAUCCCGCCCAAGCUGCCACACAAGUCGGGCUCGGGCGGCAACCUGGACCCGGCCACCUUCCGCGACUCCGCAUGGGCCGUGUACUCGCGCCACCUGCUGCGCGCCGACUACGUGUCGAUGGCGGACGUGCUGCGAGUGGCGGCCAUACCGCCCACCGUGGUGCGCACCAUCGACCUGCGCCACCUCGUUGCUCGCCUCUGCGCCUGCGACGUGGCCGUGCCGUGCUGGACGGCCUCGUGCCACGGGCUCACACGCAACACCACGUCCUCGCACCAGGCGCGUGUGCGCUGCCUGCAGCAGUGCGGGGCAAGGCUGGGCGCGGCGCCCCUGGCGCGCGCGGGGCCGUGGGGCGCGCUGGACGCGGUGUGGGGCGCCGUGUAUGGGGCAUGGGGCACAGAGACGGACGUGGCAGCCGCGUGGGAGGCGCAAGGCCUGCUGUACCGUGUCCCCCACAUGUGUAAUGAGACCUUGUGGACAAUCGGCAACUAUUCCGGCCUGCGUGCGUUGCGUGCAAUGGUGGGAGACAGGGCGCAGUGGCCGAUAAAGCGGUGCAUGAACACGGACAUCAACGAGUAUCUGCCCAAGCCCACGCCGCUGCACAGCCUGCUCAUGCCGCACACUGCCAAGGUGAUGGCGUUCGCCUCCAUGUUCCGCACACCCAUCGCUGAUAUUCGCCUCGACUUUGGCCCUCGCGUCAACCAAAUACGACAGGCCGCCCUGCCUUUCUUCUCGCAGCUUAUACUGGAUGCAGCUGCCGCGUUUGUGAGGGAGCACUUGCCGCGUGCGUAUGCUUGUGUGCACGUGCGGGGCAUUGAGCCGCCGUACAGCACAAAACUGAACGCCACACUGCGCAUAGCAGAGGCAGCCGUUGCUGCCAUGGUGCGGCGGCAUGGCAGCGGGGCAGGGGGGCGGGUGCCUGUGUUCCUGAUGACGGACCUGGACCGCCCCACCUGGCACGCACUGCUGCUGCCGCGCGUCACUGCACUGGGAGUGCGCAUGGUGACUCUUGAUGCCACACCAUUCGCAGCGCGCAUGCAUGAUCUCUCGCGCGCCCUGCGCCAACAAGGGGCCGGCAUCAGAGCCAACCGCCUUGCACCUCCCCCACAAGUUAAGUGGGGGAAUGAUGUGGCGUACAACAACACGAGCUUCAGCACCUACCCGGCAGGGUUGCCAAGCGAAAUAGCAGACAUACAGUUGUUUGUGGAGCAAGUUGUGUGCUGCUAUGCAUCCCUAGACACCAUAACAACUGCCGGGUCCAGCACAAGUCUGCUAGUCUUGCUCCAUCAAGCAGCUGGCCACUGCAGUAAACUUCCAGACCUGCCGUGA